GCAACGUUCCCAUCAUGUCGCCUUCUUCAAUAUCAAUGGCCAAUAUCCUGCGCCUAGCAACCUCCGUCAACGAACAUUUAUCAUACAUUCAUAUUCCCACUGCAUCAAAUAUCGGCCUUGUUCUUGUCAAUGGGUGGUAUUCUACUCUAAAUGGAUCCCGCAAAAACAACUUUUUCGCCAAUUACGCCCGUCGUCGUAAGCUAACGCUCACCGCUUACGACCACUAUGCGCAUGGUCUCUCUUCUGGCUCUAUGGACAACUUUACAAUUGGAACGGCCAAGAAGGAUCUCUUACGGGUUUUAGAUGAGGUUGUUGCACCAAGUCAGCGCCAGAUAUUGAUUGGAUCAUCGAUGGGGUAUUGGUUGUCUCUUCUUGCUCAACGGCAACGGCCGGAAAAGGUUGCUGGGAUUGUGGGCAUAGGUGGUGCCCCUAAUUUCACCGCUUUGCUUUUGGAUGAACUAGCCCCAGGCCAGAUUGAUCAUUUAAGCCAUCUGGCUCGGACAGAGCAGAGGGCUUCGUAUCAGCGUCCGUCGCAAUACGAUCCAGCUGGAUAUCAAGUGGGAUGGAGCCUUCUUCAGGAGGGCCAACGGCAUUAUAUUACAAAGGGGUGGAAGGUCAACUGUCCCAUUAGACUCUUUCAUGGCAUGCAUGAUACGGACAUGCCAUGGACGGAGGCCAUCAAAUAUGUAGGCUUCCUGGAUUCCAGAGAUGUGACCAUAACCUUGAUCAAGGACGGGAAUCAUAGAUUAAGUAGAGAACAAGAUUUGAAACGGGUUGCUAAAGAGUUAGAUCUUUUGUCCGGGUAUGAAAUGGUGGGGGGCUGAAAGAGGUGUCAUUGCAAGUCUGUCCUGCCAGCGACGAUGACGAGAAAUAUGCUUAAGUAUUAUAUUCACGUCGAGUCAACGGAAGUCGACCCUACGUCCUCCGGUCAACGAUGUACUCUAUAUGUUAUCAAUCAUGCCUCUUUAGCCCGCUGCUCUCCACAGAUCCUCAUCGACAGACACCUUUUUUUCACUGAAAGCGUCCAAGAGCGCCUUCCCCUCUUGAGGCUCAUCUUGAGGCUCAGGGUCAAUGGGUGCCAAUUUCGUCAAAUCGAUGGUCUGUCCGGACG